AUGCUGGGACUUAGAAACGUAAAAAGCCGUAUUCAUCGCUUAUGGAAUAUCACACAAACUGCUUUUCCAAAAACACAAUCGAAAAUUCCUCCCAACUACAGUUAUAUUAAACGUUUUCAGAGUUCAACUGUGAAUUCAACCUCGAGAAGUAUGGAGAAAAUCAAAAACCGUUUGGCUCAAGAGAGAUCGCCUUACCUCUUGCAGCACGCCGAAAAUCCAGUGCAAUGGUAUCCAUGGGGUGAUGAAGCAUUUGAAAAAGCUCGUUCCGAGAAAAAACUUAUUUUUCUAUCUGUUGGUUAUUCAACUUGUCAUUGGUGCCAUGUUAUGGAACAUGAGUCAUUUGAAAACCAAGAUGUUGCAGCGGUCAUGAAUGAACACUAUGUGAACAUUAAAGUGGAUCGAGAAGAACGACCCGAUGUAGAUCAGCUGUACAUGACUUUUGUUCAGGCGGCGUCUGGUCAAGGAGGAUGGCCCAUGAGUGUAUUUUUAACACCUGAUUUGAAACCAAUUGGUGGUGGAACAUAUUAUCCACCUGAAGAUGCAUAUGGACGUCCUGGAUUUAAAACUAUUCUUUUACACAUGGCUAAAAGGUGGAAAAGUGAUUCAAAGUCCAUGUUGGAAAAUAGUUCAAAAAUGAUGAAAAUACUUAAUGAUACUACAGCUUUUGAUAUACAACUUGGGACUGAACUUUCUAAUAUUAUGAAACCUAAUCCUAAAACAUGGAUAACAUGUUACUCACAACUUCAGAGAAUUUAUGAUGAUGAAUGGGGUGGUUUUGGUAUGCCACCUAAAUUCCCUCAGCCAACAAUAUUAGAUUUUCUAUUUCACAUAUCAUAUAAAAUGUCAAAAUCGUCUGAGGGGAAAAAGAGCUUGGAAAUGGCAUUAGAAACUUUGCAAAAAAUGACCAUGGGUGGCAUACAUGACCAUAUUGGCCAAGGUUUCGCUAGAUAUUCGACAGAUGAGAAAUGGCAUGUACCACAUUUUGAAAAAAUGUUGUACGAUCAAGCACAGUUGGCUGUGUCAUAUACUACAGCUUUCCAAAUAACCAAACAUGAACAGUAUUCAGAUGUUGUUCAUGAUAUCUUACAAUAUGUCAGUAGAGAUUUAAGUCAUAAGCUAGGUGGAUUUUAUAGUGCUGAAGAUGCAGAUUCACUACCUGCAGUUGAUUCUACUAAAAAACGUGAAGGUGCUUUUUGUACUUGGACACAAGAAGAAGUAAAGACACUCUUAGACCAACCACUUGAUUCAAAACCUGAUAUUAAGCUAUCUGAACUAUUUUGUUGGCAUUUUAGUGUCUUACCUAAUGGUAAUGUUCGACCAGACUCGGAUCCUCAUGGAGAGUUAUUAGGUCAAAAUGUGUUAAUAGAGUUCAGAAGCAAGGAAAAUACUGCUAAGAAGUUUCAAAUAACUGUGGAAAAUGUAGAAAAAGAACUUAAAAUUGCAAAAAGCAUAUUAUUUGAAGCACGAAAAAAAAGACCUCGACCACAUUUAGAUAAUAAAAUAAUAACUUCAUGGAAUGGGCUUAUGAUAACAGCAUAUGCAAGAGCAGCAUCAGCAUUAAAUGUGGAAGAAUAUAAACAAAGAGCUAUUAAAGCCGCGGAAUUUCUUAAAACACAUGCGUGGAACAAUAGUGUAUUGUUACGAUCGUGUUAUGUAAAUGAAAAUGGAGAUAUCGCUAACAUAGAAAAACCCAUUGCUGGUUUCCUCAAUGACUACGCUUUUCUCAUACGUGGUCUUCUAGAUUUGUAUGAAUGUACACUACAGUCUAAAUGGUUAAAAUGGGCUGAUGAACUGCAAGAACAGCAAGAUGAGUUGUUCUGGGAUAAGGAGAAAUUUGGAUACUAUUCUUCAUCUGACAAAGAUCCCAGUAUCAUUUUGAGGUUCAAGAGUGAUCAUGAUGGAGCUGAACCUUCUGGUAAUUCAAUAUCGGCAUUAAAUCUAUUAAGACUGUCAAUAUUGACUGAAAAAUCUGAAUACCGUUCUAAGAUUGAUCCUUUAUUUUUGGCAUUUGCUGGCCGUUUGUCUAGCAGUUCAAGUGCUUUACCAGCAUUAGUGUCCGCUCUUACUCUACAUUGUGAUUCAAUCACUUCUGUAUACGUUACUGGUGAUUUGGAUAAUCCUGAAUUAGAAGCACUAUUAUCUGCAAUCAGACAGCGUUAUAUGCCUAAUCUUGUAUUAGCUCUUGCUGAUGAAAACUCUUUAUCAGAACUAGCAAAAGGCUUAGCGAUUGCGGAAAAUGGUAAAGUUGCUGCAUAUGUAUGUAAGAAUAAUACAUGCAAUUUACCAGUACAUAGCACAGAAGAAUUAAUUGCCUUAUUAGAUGGGAAAGUGGAAAGCCCAGCUAGCAACUAG